CCAACCCAAACACCGACCCGGCUAGUUCCGCUUCCGGCAGCACCAGAUAAGUCGCGAGAGGAGAGUUAAAACCUGCCGUUUGCAUUUAGGACCACUUCGUUACUGUUUUUCCUUUUCAUCUAUCUCAAUCUUCAAAGCCAGCCAGCAGUUGAUGGACUACAUUGAAUAGUAAUCUGUGAACCAGAAUAAACCAGAACUUCCUUAGGUGCCCUUGCCGGGUCUUCUCUAGCAACAGUGACGAAAGUAACUAAUAAACGCACCUCACAAAAUUGAAAAGCUUCCGUACAGCAAAGGGAACUGAAUUUUGAAAUUGGUAUCAGAGUUCCAGCAAGAAGCAGAAAAUACAUUCUCACAGUUUUUGAAGGCGCUGUAGUGAUGCUCCUAUUUCCAGAGUUGUAGAGAGAAAGAAACCUGACAAUUAGCUACACAGAGGAAGAUGGCUGCCCUGUGACUGAAGCUUGCAGGAGAAAGGAGGUUGACUUACAGAGAAAGAAAGGACGGAGGUUCACAAUGGUCCGUAGCGGGAAAAAUGGUGACCUCCAUCUUAAGCAGAUUGCAUAUUACAAACGAACAGGUGAAUACCAUCCAACUACACUGUCGAGUGAGAGGAGUGGCAUAAGACGAGCAGCAAAGAAAUUUGUCUUCAAAGAAAAAAAGCUGUUUUAUGUUGGAAAAGACAGAAAACAAAAUCGUUUGGUAGUUGUUUCAGAAGAGGAAAAAAAGAAAGUCCUAAGAGAGUGCCACGAAAAUGGCACUGGUGUUCAUCAUGGCAUAUCCAGAACUCUCACUCUGGUGGAGUCCAGUUACUACUGGACUUCUGUGACCAAUGAUGUCAAACAGUGGGUAUAUGCUUGUCAGCAUUGCCAAGUAGCAAAAAAUACAGUUGUGGUGGCGCCUCAGCAGCACCUUCUCACGGUGGGAAACCCGUGGAGUGUAGUUACUGUGGAUCUGAUGGGACCUUUCCAUACCAGCGACAGGAGUCAUGUGUAUGCUAUAAUCGUGACUGAUUUGUUCACAAAAUGGGUUAUGAUUUUGCCUUUAUGUGAUGUCUCGGCAUCAGAAAUUUCUAAAGCUAUUAUCAAUAUAUUUUUCUUAUAUGGACCCCCUCAGAAAAUAAUAAUGGACCAAAGAGAUGAAUUCAUUGAACAGAUCAAUACAGAACUGUAUAGAUUGUUUGGCACAAAGCAGAUCGUCAUUUCUCCUGCUUCUGGAAGUGUUAAUCCAUCUGAAGGUACACCUAGCACAGUCAAAGGCUUUCUCUCCAAACACUGUGCCGACCACCCAGACACCUGGGACGAGCAUCUGCCUGCACUUUCCUUUGCCUUCAAUGUGACUCACUCAGAGCCUACUAAAAACACGCCCUAUUUCCAAAUGUUCAACCGGAAUCCCUGUCUGCUGGAGUGGCCUCCCGAAGUGGGUGGGGAAAAUACAAGCGUGUUUGCCAGAAUUGUAGCUGCAGUUAGAGAGGCUGAUGUGGUAUUGGAGGAGAAGACACCGUCAGCUGGCCAGAUGGAGAACAGCAAUUUGGAUGAACUAAACAAAACCAAGACUGUUAAAAAGAAGCCAAAGCAGUUAAAUCCAUUUCAUUUAAAAGUGGGUCACGAGGUUCUACGACAGAGGAAGAACUGGUGGAAAGAUGGCCGUUUCCAGUCGGAAUGGGUCGGCCCUUGUGUCAUAGACUACAUCACCGAGAGCGGAUGUGCUGUCCUGAGGGACAACACGGGGACCAGACUGAAGAGGCCCAUCAAAAUGUCCCACCUGCGGCCUUACGUGAGGGAGCCCACUGAGCAAGACAGUCUUUAUCUCUUGCAAGGUUCGAUAGUAGCAGAUCACGACUACAUUGGAUUACCUGAAAUCUCAGUUGGAGCAUACCAGGCAAAUAUUCUGGUAGAAGAUGCAACUAUUGGUGUAGCCGAUAAUGAAUUAUUGGCAUCAAGCAAGGAUCAUGAACUCUUGGAAUAUAGAAAUUCCAAAAUCUCUGCAUUGGUAGAAGAUCCCAAUUCUCUUGAGAAACAGACUUUCAGUCUAUUGGAUUCUUCAAAUCAAGUUCUUGAGUACUUAAGUUAGUAAAUACCAAAAUUAAUUUAAAAUGCUUGCUUAGAAUGUAUAUAUAUUCCUAGAUUGUAAGCACUUUAUUAAAAUAGGUUGUAUAGAAGAAUUAUCUUAGUACAAUAUUAUUAACUAAAUUCUAAAGGCUUAUUUUAAACCUAUGUAAAGUUGUGACACAUUUGAAUACAUAUAAAUAUAUGUAACAGAAGUAUACCAUGCAUAGAAUUCAGAAAUGUCUCAGAGAACAGAUAAAAUCCAUUCGCUUCUUUGGAAAUAAAUUCUAGUAGAACAUUCUCAAAGCUUUUUCUAGUAUUGGUACUACAUUUUCUGUUCUAAUAUUUUUCAGGAAUAUCUUCCCGUUUGAAAUAAAUUUAAACUACUUAUGGUUGAGUUAAUAAAUAUUGAGUGCAUAAUAA